AUGUCCUACAAGCAACUCCUCUACAGUAUCCCGCCCGCUCCGGCCAUAAAUCCCUCCCUAACCUCCGGCACUUUCAAAUUGAACAUCGUCCCAAAACCCGACAAUGUACCUACAGACAAGAUCCUCGUGCGAGUGCACUACCUAUCCCUCGACCCAGCCAUGCGCCAAUGGUUAACAGCCAAACGCUCCUACAUAGCCCCGGUGGAACUAGGAGCCGUAAUGCGCGGCCAAAGCACCGCCCAAGUCAUCAGCGUCGGAAGUAACCUGAAAACCACCUUCAAAGUAGGUGAAUGGGUCGUCGCAUUUUCGGGAUGGCAAGAAUACGCCAUCCUAGACCCCCGCGAAGUGCAGAAGGUGACUCUUCCACCUGGUGGGCGCCCGACAGACGCUAUGUCCGUUCUGGGUAUGACAGGCCUCACGGCAUACUUUGGUAUGCUGGAGGUUGGGCAACCGAAGGCUGGCGAUACUGUUGUUGUCUCUGGAGCGGCGGGCGCGACUGGGAUGGUUGCGGGUCAGAUUGCGAGGAUCAAGGGUGCGAAGCGAGUUGUAGGGUUAGCGGGGAGUGUAGAGAAGUGUGAAUUCUUAGUGCGCGAACUUGGAUUUGAUGCUGCGAUCAAUUAUAAAGAUGUGGAUUGGAGAAAGCAGUUGAAGGAGGCUACACCUGAGUAUAUUGAUGUCUUUUUUGAUAAUACUGGUGGUGAUAUCUUGGAUGCGUGCUUGGCAAGGGCUGCGCGGGAUGCGAGAUUUGUGAUCUGUGGUGCUAUCAGUCAGUAUAAUGCUGCUAAGCCGAAGGGUCCGGCGAGCUUCAUGACUGUGAUUUCGCAACGUGUCACUAUCAAGGGCUUUAUCGUUUUUGACUAUGCGAAGAAGUACUCGACUGCGCUGCAGGAGCUGGCCUCUUGGAUUUCGGCGGGCAAACUCAAGCGAAAGGAGCAUAUUGUUCAUGGUGGGUUGGAGGCCGCACCUCAAGCUUUGGUUGAUCUUUAUGCUGGCGUCAACACCGGCAAGAUGAUGGUCGAAGUUGCAACGACUAGUGAUGCACUGGGAGGAAAAGCUAAACUAUAA